UUUGAUAUUGGCGUGGUUAAGAGCACAGGCCAUUGGGUCAUUUCCUGGUUGGGUUUCCUUGAAUCCAUUCAUGAGUCCUUGGAAGCCUCAGUUUCCUCACCUGUAAGAUGGGGAUGUUGUGAGGAUUCCAGGAGAUGCUGCAAGAGGAAGGCCCUAUUAGGUUCUCAAAAAUAAUGUUAACUGUUACUAUUACCGUGUAUCUUGGUUUUUCUGCUGCCGUUAACCUCUCUGGUGCUCUUGCCCCUCUUAAGUCUUUUAUUCAAAGAUUUCUUCAGUGGACAGAAUUAUUGGAUCCUACAAAUUUGGUCGUUUCAAUUGAAAAAAUAGAAAAAUCAAGGCAGCUAUUGUUAACACAUGAAGAUGCAUCCAGAAGUGACUUGGAGGACAAAAGGGUACAAGAAGCUUGGAAGAGAAGUCUCUCAACAGUGCAUCCUGACAAUAGCAAGCUGAUCCCUGGUCCUUUUCGACCUGCAGCUCUCCUGCCUUUCACGGCGCCCAUGGUAUUUCUGUCAACGCUGCCAGUAAAAAGUCUAAAGUCCAUGAUUUUACCUCAGGUUUCCUUCUACACCUACAGUACAGUCUUCAACAUUGUCAAUGGAAAUGCAAGUUAUGAUCGUCGCCCCCAUGAGAGUAUAUUACUAGGAGCAGGAGUGAUUGCUUCUUCUACCUUUUUUGGAUUAUUCCCUCGUUUGCUCCAAGUAAGAUUUUCACUGAAUAGCAUUUUGAGCAGAAACGUCAUUCCUGUCGUCAUUCUCGCCCAACUCAGUGGACUGAAUGUGGUUGCAUCGAGAAGUUUGGAGCCCCUGCGAGGGAUUGAGGUCAUGGACAAGGAAGGCAGUGUCAUAGGCUAUUCCAGAAAAGCUGGGACAAAGGCCAUUAAAGACACAGCAACAUCCAGAGUUGUGCUGUUUGGGACCUCAGCUUUUAUCCCUGAAGUCUUCUCAUACUUUUUUAAAAGGACCCAGUUUUUCCUGCAGUGUCCAUGGUCACUGUGGACCCUAAAGCUUUCUUGUACUAUCCUUGUCAUGGGACUGAUGGUGCCAGUUUCUUUUAGUGUAUUCCCACAGAUUGGACGGAUACAGUGCAGUGAGCUUGAAAAGGAAAUUCAAUCUGCAACAGAAGAAACAGAACUCUUCUAUAACAGAGGGGUGUAGGGGUGAGUUUUAGGUGAAUUUGUUUGGUACCUGCAUGAAAACCUUCCUCCAAGGUUUCAGUUUGGACAACCCUGCCAGAAGUGUCCUGGAACCCCCAGAGGUGUCUGCACCAACAGGAUGGCUUCCGAUUACGCAUGCCAAGACUGUUUUGAGGCUGAUCGUGCCUAGGGUUAAACAAGCUUGGGUGGAAGGAGAGAAACGGGGGCUGUCCUGUCUAACCCACCACACGGGGUUGCUGAGGGGAUGCAUGUGUGAUAUAAGAUUCAGUUUUCUAUUCGUCAGCCUGUGAAAGGAUACUGUGAACUAAUAAACUUUUCUAAAGUUGA